AUCAUUUUUCUUUGUGCCCGCGUUUUCUGAAUCGCCCGGCCCAGCUGUCUCGACUUCUGCACGGUUCCUCCCAUCGCCUCGCUCGCUUCGCCAUGAUCACCCCGAGCUUCUCGCUCCGCCAGGACGACGACUUUGUCUAUGUGACCAUCCGGUGCCCGUACGUCCGGACCCAGGAGGUUGAGUUCUUCCUCGAAGACACCGAGUUCAAGUUCUAUGCAAAACCGUACUUCCUGCGACUGAAUCUGCCCUGUCCGAUCGUGGAAGACGGCCGGGAGAAUGCUUCGUAUGACGUCAGCAAGGGCGAAAUCGUUGCAACUCUGCCCAAGGUGACCAAGGGUCAGCAUUUUCCAGACUUGGAUCUGCUCACCAAGUUACUAGCGCCCAAGAAUCCGGCGCCCGAGGCAUUUAAUCUUGUAAGCAACACCAUGGACACCGCCGGCCUCCCGAGUGUCUCUCUUCUCGGCGACAGGCAGCGGCCCUUGAUCGAAGUUAUCUCCGAUCCUGCCACCCAACCCAAUCACAAACCGGACUCCAUGGAGGAAGACGAAGCAGGUGAAGAUGCGCCCGAUGCCCCUGAGGACUUUGACUGGGAUCUCCCGCAGACAGUCCAAGAGGAAGCGGAACUUAUGACAGAAGCUCGCUACGGCUUCAACAACUCGCACUCUGAGAACGCAGCGCAGCUCAUGGAGCUGUGCCACGAAGUCUUGGAUCUUGCCGACAUCAACACAUCGACCCCAGCCUCCCGGCGGUCCGAGCGGCUGAUGCGAGAGGAACUCAAGUUUGACGAUGAGUACUAUAUGGGCGAUUUCCUUUAUGACGAGGAGAUCCAGCGUGUCCUCAAGUACAUCCCGGAGACCUGGAGGACGCUGAACAGAAUCCAGAAGAGGAAAGCUGUUGCUUCUGUCGAGCGGCCGGGUCCUGAUUCAAGCGAAGCGAUGCCGCCAUCCGGAGCCGAGACCGAGACCGACCCGUCCACCGAGACUCAAUCUGUCGACGGCUGGCUCGAGUUUUCGGCCCAAGAGCGUGAACAGAUGUUGCGACUCCCAAACAAAGAAUAUCUGCUGGACGACGAAAAGGCCAUCUAUCUUGGCCUGGUCGACAUCAUGUUUGCAUACUGCUACAACCACAGGACAACCGAGGGAGACAAUACCGUUGGAUCUGGAUGGACCAUAUGCAAGUUGAGCGCCACCCUUGCAUGCUUUGAGGUGUUUGCAACCCUGCGCGAGACUCUCGUCGCAGAUAUUCGCCGGUCGCUGACCUAUCCGCUGUAUCGCCAUUUCGGUCUGUCUCUCAAAAUCGUCGAGGAUCUCGCUGUUCUUUUCAAGCUGGGGCGACGAGCUAUUCUCAAGGCGCUCCUGGAGAUCAAGGAUCUCCUCGAGCGCGACGAAAUAUGCUACAUGUUCAAUAGGCUGUACAUCGACGACUACUGCAUUUGGAUUCAGAAAGCGAGCGAUAAAAAGAUCAAAUCGCUCGCCAGCGAGCUCAACCAUAUCGCCAUCACCAAGGAGGAGAUCGGGUGGCAGCUGGACCAGCUCGAAGCCUACGCCAGAGAGAGUGUCAUGGAGGAGGCUGAAUGAAUGCCGAUGGCAGCCCACCCGGCAAUUGUAAACAGCGACCGGCUAUCUCGCAUCGCCAGGACCGUCCCGUCCGCAGAUCCACCCUUUUCGACGUAUCGUG